CGUGCACUGCUGACCAAAUUAAAUGGACAGUGCAUCAGUCUCUUUCUCUUCUCAUUAUUCCUGCUGCGCUCUUACACCUGAGUCUGCUGCCGAGCACACUCAUAGUUCAGCAUUGUUCUCAGUCAUAGACUCACUCUAACCCUUGUUGUUUUAGUAAUUUUAGGGGGGGCAGUGAAGUACAUGUGAAGAAGAAAGUCUGCUGAGUUUCCGUGUCCUGGAGCGAGGAUGGGAGGACAGCAGUCAGUGCCAGAAGACCUGGAGCAAGGAGUUGAAGUGGUGUCGACCAUCAGCGAUGAUAUCGUGCAGAGGGAGGAUGGUCCCCUGUGUGCAGCAGAAAUUGGCUCUGAACUCCAGAAACAGUUUGCCAUCCUGCCAGGGGGCCGCGGGAUGAACGGCAGCCCCAUCAUCAUCUUCCCAGAGUUCCCAGCUUUCGGUGAGCUGGAGGAGGAGGAGGUCCAAAACGUCCUCAGCUACCUCACCAGCAUCCCCAGCGUUGCAGCAUCAGGAGUGGGUUUCAUCCUGGUCAUCGACAGACGACUGGACCGAUGGGCCGCCGUCAGGGCCACCCUGCUCCGCAUCGCAGGCUCAUUUCCAGGGAACUUGCACUUGGUUCUGGUGUUGCGUCCCACUACUUUGUUCCAGCGGACUCUGUCAGACUUCCUGUUCAAGUUCAACAGGGAUGAGUUCAAAAUGAAGGUGGUGAUGCUGAGUUCGGUGACUGAGCUCCAUGCUUAUAUCGACCCAGGACAGCUGACCACAGAGCUGGGAGGCACGCAGGAAUACUGCCAUGACAGCUGGAUCUCACACCGCACUGCAAUCGAGGCAUUCGCCCUCAUGGUGAAGACCACGGCGCAGACUCUGCAGGCGUUUGGCACGGAGCUCGCAGAGACGGAAUUACCCAACGACGCCGAGGCCACCACCAACCUGCUGCACACACACACUCUGAAGAAGGAUAAAAUGAAGGAUGACCUGCAGGUGGCGCUGUCUCAAGGGGGACGUCUGUUGGACUGUAUCAACGAGCCUCUACAGACAGACCCUGAAUACAGCAUGACCCAUGAUGAACUGGAGAACUUGGCUACUGUGCAGAGACUCCUGGGUCAGCUGGACGAAACGGAGAUGGCGUUUGAUGACUUCUGGGAGCGUCACCGCACUAAGCUGGAGCAGUGUUUGCAGCUGCGCCAUUUUGAACAGCACUUCCGUGAAGUGCGUGCCCACCUUGAUGUGACUUCGGAGAGGCUGUCAGGUUUCUCAGAGGUCAGCGUGAGCCCCGCCCACGCCGAGCACGUCCUCCGAGAGCUCAGCAGCCAUGAGGACAAGGCCUGUGACGUGCUAGAACGUGCUCUGUCCCUGGCCUGUGAGGGUGACCGGCUGAUAGAAAACUCGCACUACGCCGAGGACUCCAUCAGGCCCAAGUGCAGCGAGCUGAGAGGGGUCUGCGAGGAGAUCAGCUCUACCCUGAGGAGCAAGAAGAACUUCCUGCUCAGGGCGAUGGAGCUACACCACGCGCUGGACAAGGCAUCACAGUGGUGUGAAGAGGGCAUCUUCUUGUUGGCCAGCCAGCCAGUAGACCGCUGUCAGUCCCAGGAUGGAGCUGAAGCAGCCCUGCAAGAACUGGAGCGAUACCUGGACACGGCACCGCUGCACACCCUUGCUGACCGCGGCGCCAUCUUCUGCCAGUAUGAGGCAGUGCUCACUACUCAGCUCAGGGACCAGGUGGAGAGAGUUUUCCAGAAGCAAAUCUCCGUCCAGGAGAUGUUCGAGAAGAGACGCAUCAGCUUGAAGAAGCUCGCCGCCAAACAGACCAGACCAGUCCAGCCAGUAGCACCAAGACCUGAAGUGAAGUCUCCACAGUCCUCUCCCAAUCAACAGAGAAAAGAGAGGAGAUACUCUGCAGAUAACGCCAUCUGCAAAAAGGUGGAGUCUCCCAUCCAUAAUGGCAGCACCAGACAUGCUUCUCUUUCAGAGGAAGAGGAGAACCUGGCAGUACUUCGUCGUCAUGUGAUGAAUGAGCUGCUGGAGACAGAGAGAGCGUAUGUGGAGGAGCUACUAUGCGUGCUGGAGGGCUAUGCAGCAGAGAUGGACAACCCCGCCAUGGCCCACCUCAUCCCCAGCACCCUGCUCAGCAAGAAGGACGUCCUGUUUGGCAACAUGCCGGAAAUCUACCAGUUUCAUAAGAGGACAUUUCUAAAGGAACUGGAAGCGUACACUGACUGUCCAGAACUGGUGGGCCGCUGCUUUUUAGAACGGAUGAAGGACCUGCAGAUCUACGAGGCUUACUGCCAGAACAAACCUCGCUCUGAGAGCUUGUGGAGACAGUGCUCCGACUGUGCCUUCUUCCAGGAGUGCCAGAAGAAGCUGGAACAUAAACUUGGUUUGGACUCCUACCUCCUGAAACCUGUCCAGAGAAUCACCAAGUACCAGCUACUGCUUAAGGAGUUGUUGAAGUACAGUAAAGGCUGUGACGGCUGUGACGACCUACAGGAAGCUCUCUCCUCUAUUCUGGGGAUCCUGAAAGCUGUUAACGACUCCAUGCACCUCAUCGCUAUCACAGGAUACGAGGGUAACCUGUCAGAGCUGGGUCGUCUGCUGAUGCAGGGCUCCUUCAGCGUGUGGACGGAGCACAAGAAAGGUCACGCCAAGGUCAAGGACCUGGCCCGGUUCAAGCCCAUGCAGCGGCACCUGUUCCUGCACGAGAAGGCCCUGCUCUUCUGCAAGAGGAGGGAGGAGAACGGGGAGGGAUACGAGAAAGCGCCAUCAUACAGCUUCAAGCACUCCCUCAGUAUGAGUGCAGUGGGCAUUACAGAGAACGCUAAAGGAGACAACAAGAAGUUUGAGAUUUGGUGCAACUCCAGAGAAGAGGUUUUUAUAGUCCAGGCUCCGACAGCAGAAAUCAAAACAGCAUGGGUGAACGAGAUCCGCAAAGUUCUGACCCAGCAGCUCAAAGCCUGCAGAGAUGCCAGUCAGCAGAAGAACCUGGACUCUGUUUCCCCGAGUCCCACCAGCAACAACACCUCCAUCUCACUCAGUCCUUUCCGUAGCAGCGGUCAGAAGAACCAGAAGAAGCAGGACGAGAAGAAGGCGGAGCCAAGCCCCACACCUGACGCCAACUCCUCUUCCUCACCGAAACACAAAGAUGAGCCGGUGACCAGUCCGACCACUGACAGAUCCUCAGUGGCUAAAAAGCGUUUUACUUUGCAGGGCUUCAGCAAUCUCAAGAGUCCAAAAGGCUCGGCCCUGAGCCCCGAACACGGCUCCAAACGCCACUUGGUCAAGAGCGACCCCACGCCGUUUGGGUUCAAAGGCUGGAGCAAGGCGUCUCUCUCUGUGGACGCCUCGGAAGAGAACGACGGGUACUCCAGCGGCGAGGACCCCAUGAACUCUGACCCUGAGGACGACGUGGGGAAGAAGCUGGCUCCGGGGAAGUACACUGUGGUAGCAGACUGCGAGAAGGCGGGACCUCAGGAGCUGUCUGUCAAGAGCGGAGACGUGGUGCAGCUAAUCAAAGAGGGAGAAGAUGGACAGUGGUUUGUGAGGAACCUCCGCAGCAGUAAGGAGGGCUGGGUGGCAGCAGCCAACCUCCUCAGCCUCAUCUCAGAGUCAAAGUCGUCCCAGUCACUCAGCAGCUCAGAUGGCAGCGUCUCCGGGAACCUCAGCACUUCCUCCAGCUGCAGCGAGACCUACACCAGCUUCUCCGACAUCAAACCCUGACCUGAGAUCCAGGUGGAAUUACACCAACUAAAGCUGACUCUGACUCGGACAGGAGAACAGGAUCUUCUUUCAUCACACACUUCACAGUUUGUCGGAUCCAACCAAAAAAAAACAAAAACAAACUAUCACUGCAUCAGCGAAUGUCACCGUACUGUAUUUACAGUCACCAAUCUCUAACUGCAGAAGAAAAACAGCUCAUUUCCACUCAGCAGUAUUACACUCUCAUGUGAAUUGUUUUUUCUACCCUCAAAAAUAUCCACAUGUUGCUAGGAUAGUACAUUCCAGUGACAGAAAAUUCAGAUGAUUAAUUAAAACAUCAGGAUCAGAUCAAUCACUUACUGACAGGCCUUUCUUUAAAAUCACAAAACUCCUUGUGAUUACAGUAUGUAGCAUUAAAUUAGACACAUUUAAAUAUCUGCACUAAAUAUAUGAGGUGUCAGCAGCUCACAAGAACGGCUAGCUACGAUCAGACUGGGAUUUUCACGUGACACAGUGUCAGACGUUAAUCGUACACUGUGAAAACUGGCAGCUGGCUGCAACGAGAGAGAAAACAGUGAAUCCUGGAGCAUCACUGAGGAGGUCAGGGCACGUUACUGUAAGUCUUGUAAACUUUUUGUUUUUGUACAUGGGAUAUGUUCAGGGUGUUAAAUCCCUGUAGCACUCUGGCUGACUGAUGGUGUCAGUUUUUUCAGAAUAAGAGCUUUCCUUAACCCUUGAGUAGAUUUUUUAAAACUAGAAUUUAAGUCACAGUCUAAAUGUAUCGCUGGGUGAAUGUCACCGACAGCACUACCUGGUGCUCACACAUCUUGCACUUCUCCAGCUACUCGUACAAAUCACUUACAAGAAAAAAAAAGCGAGUGGCAGCUUGAAACAGCUUUUGAACUUCACUCUUUCUCUCUUCGUCUGACCUGACUCGCCUCUGGAUUUUACCUCUCAGGAAGCCCAAGAAGUUGCGUGGGCAGGCAGCAGGUGUGACUGCAUACCUGCUUGUGUCGACUAAACGUCUUUGUGUGUGUGCAUUCUUGCAGAUGUGUGUGUCACAAACCCCCGGGAAAGGCUGUCAUACCACAGAUAUCAGCAGAGGGGA